AGAACAACUUAGAGAAGUUGUAGAGGAGGAGGGGAUAGACUCGUGUGACUGCCACAUACUGCCGGACCAUGACUGCCCGAGCUGGCCCAUGACAAGGUACUAUGGGAAACGGUAUGUGCUCCAGAAGGCAGAAGAGGAUCUUCCAGGCGAUCGCCUUCCUAGCUGUAGCCAUCACAUUCAUCUAUGGAGCUCUGCUCAACUACGAGCUGCAGAAGCAGCUGAAGAAGGCUGAGGUAUUGGCAGUGAAGUAUCAGCAGCACCAAGAGUCCCUGUCUGCACAGCUACAAGUGGUCUAUGAGCACAGAUCACGGCUAGAAAAAUCUUUACAAAAGGAAAGACUUGAACUGAAGAAAGCAAGAGAAGAUCAUCUUGUUUAUAAACUUGAAGCCCAAGAAACACUGAAUAAGGGAAGACAAGACUCAAAUACCAGAUACAACGCACUAAGUGUACAACAUCAAAUGUUGAAGAGUCAACAUGAGGAACUAAGAAAGAAGCACACAGAAUUGCAAGGAGAUCACCAGAAGCUAGGAGAGGACUUAACAGAAUCCUUUAGUCAACAUAAAGAGAAAUAUGUACAGCUGCAGCAGGAUAAAGAACAAGAAGUAUCAAAGCUUAAAGAAAGCAUAUACAACCUAAGAGAAGAAAAUAGGCAGCUAAGAAAAGCCCACCAAGAUGUCCACACUCAGCUGCAGGAUGUCAAGCAACAGCAUAAGAAUUUGCUCUCUGAACAUGAACAAGUUGUAAUGAGCUUGGACAACCACAAGAGUGCGCUGGCUGCCGCACAGAACCAAGUGGAAGAAUUUAUGCAACUUAAAACCGCUUUGAAUAAAGUUUCAAGCCUUCGACAGUUAGAAAAAAGCACAGAAACCACAAUCCCCAAAGUGAUGCCAUCAGUCUCCUCCAUACAAGGACAUUUAGCAGUACAAGAAUCUGCAAUGAAUAGCCAGACCCAAGAAGAGCAUAAAGGUAUAGUCACCCACAGCAAGCAUGUUAACGAAGGAGCUGAACAUCAGGAUACAGACAGGCCUGAACUUAAGGCAGAUGAGGACACUGGGCCACCACAGGAAGCUGGGCCAACUACUGAGCAUCCUGUAGAGGUAGAAGAUGAGCAUAAAAAAGAGCUAGAAGAGGAAGAAAUGGAACAGGUAGGGAAGCCUGAAAGGUUGGUGGAAGAUCAGGAUCAAGUUCAGGAGGAACAGGAGCAGCACAGACAGUCUGAAGAUGGGCACAAAGCAGCAGCAAAUGAAGAGGAAGAAAGGGAGGAAGAGACUAACAUGUUGCAAGAACACAAAAAGGUAAGAGACGAUCCAACUAUAAAACCUGAUAUUGGGUUUAAAUCUGCAUAUGAGGAGCGAAUGGAACAGCAGAAGCUAGCAGCCCAUAAAGAAGAGCAGGCCAGAUAUCUGAAAGAGCAUCGGGAUCUACUGCACCAACACAUCCUGCAACAGCAGCAAAUGCAUAAUAAUGACCUGAAUGUGGAGAGGCAAGGCAGGCUGAAAGCGAUUGCAGAUAGGGAACAUGCACAAUAUGAUAACCUAGAUCAGGAUAUUGUUCAAGGAGAAGAGGAGCAGCAUCUUCAGGAAGAAGGGGGAGCAUAUGAAAGAGAGAAUCAUCAAGAUGAAGCUGAAGAAGCAGAAAAUACUGCUAGGAAUGCAAACGAGGAGCAAGCUAUAGAUCAACAGCCUGUAAGCAGAGAGCGGCAAGACAAGGCUGCCGCAGACGACGUGAACCCUGCAGAUGAUCCCAAUAACCAAGGGGAAGAUGAAUUUGAAGAGGCAGAACAAGAGCGAGAGGAGAACCUGCCAGAUGAGAACGAGGAGCAGAGGCAGCAGCAAGACCAGCCAGAGAAACAAGAGCAUUUAGUGAUGGCUGGGAAUCCAGACCAGCAAGAGGAUAAUGUUGAUGAACAAUACCAGGAGGAAGGAGAAGAGGAGGUACAGGAGGAUCUCACCGAGGAAAGAAAGAGGGAACAAAAUGGAGAAGAACCAUAUGAAGAAAAUGUUAUGGGUAAGCGAAUUAGAGUGGAAAGGCAGCAUGAAGGUAUGCAAGAGGAGCCAAAAGAAAAUCAUGAAGACAACUAUGAAGAAGAGGAGGAGGAGGAGGAGGAGGAGGAAGACGGAGGAGUCGGGGCAAAAAGUAAACGGCGAGCAGAAAUGUGAUGUCGUUUACCUCCAACUUCUAAAAGUCCUUUAACAAAUUCCAAGUUGGCCUUUUUCUAUCCUGUUCCUUUUGUACUUUUGUACAUACGGGACACUUUUAUAAAAACUGUAUUUUAUUACAUGAUGCUUUUUAUUAACAUUAGGCUUUAUCUACUAUUUCUGAAUGGUGAGGCUGGUAAAGUCGGUCAUUAGUAAACUUUUUUCUUUUAUAAAUAAAAAGUGGAAAUCAGUAGGAGAUUAAACUCUCCUACAUGUUACAAUGCAGUAUAUGGUAGUACCAAGUAUUGCCAUUCUUAUGACAGUGACUAGAACCCUUUAUUAGGGCAGUAGUUUCAAUUAUUGUGCCUUAUGUCUCUUAUUAUAAGGGGAAGUUCAGGCAGUUCACCUUGUAUAUUUAUUGUUUGUAAUAUAUCCAGCAUUCAAGGUCAUUUUGGAAUAAUUUCCUUGUUUCUUUUAUUAUGCAAUGAUGAUAUGAAAUAAUCCUUAAGGGGUGUGAAGGUCGUCGGCAGGAAUAACUUUGUUACAAAUUAUGUAAACCUAAUGCAGAAUGGUAAUGUGAUGUGUCAUCGCAUAUCCUUAGGGCCCUUUCUCCAGUGCAAAUGGCAUUUUCUGCUGAAAGUAGAUCGCUCGCUGCAAGGUUCAUGCGAUGUUCUUGUAUUCUA